AUGACAGUGCAAUGGUCCAACUUCCCUCUGACAAGUCAGUCCAUUCAACGACUUUUAGUGAGCUACAGGGAACACAAUUCAAACGUCAGCCUUAUUUUUGAGACUCAAAGUUAUUACAAUACACACUACACUGGUAAGGUUCUUAGGAGUUACCGAUACUAUGACGUGCAAGUAAUUGCUGUGGCGUCAAAUUCGAGCAAUGGUACAUUUUCCAGCAGGAAGGAGAUCGCAAGGACAAACGAAGGAGGUAAACUCAUUCCAUUCUUUCGUGGUUACUUGUCUUCUUUGGAUGAAAAUAAUUUGUACUUAAUCCUUGUCAUCUUUCUAUUCCUUCUGCCUUUCAGUUCCCAGCAGUGCACCAUCGAAUGUACGCUUGACAAAUCUGCAGUCCCAUGAGGUGAAGGUUCAAUGGGAUCCCAUACCUCCAGAGACGGCUAAUGGAAUAUUGCUGGGAUAUAGAGUGUUCUACCAAGAGUACUGGUAUUCAGGUUUGCUUCAAAGCAUGGAUACCAACAGCCCCAAAGUACAUAUGCAGAUACUAAGGGGUCUGAAGUCAGCACAGAGAUACCAAAUAUCGGUGGCAGCAUUUACGUUCCAAGGAGCAGGAUCGCAGUCAUACUUGCGAUACAUUACAACAGGUCAGUUAAAAAGCUUCUUUCCGAAUAAAUCGAUAUGGUCAAUUCGGCCUUUCAAACUAUUUUCCCAUAUCUAUUCUUUUAAACUUAAAUCGUGAACCUUUUUAACUUGAUUCUGACAGGUCCGUUGUGUAUUCGCCAAUUAUGAUAUCACUUCUUAGCAGACUAUCGGCAUUUCGAGUGCGUAAAUAUUUUAAAAUUGUCCAUUAUCGUACCUUCUUUUGAUAAAUUCUUAGGUUGUGGUGGACAGUUAAACCAGUCAUUUGGACAGGUGCACAUCGGCUCAAACAGAAACUACUACUAUUUAAGCUGCACCUGGAACAUCGUAAAUGUGGGCAUACAGCGAGCAGUCGCCUUCAUUUGGAUAAAUGACCUUUAUUUUUCUUAUUCAUAGUAAGUAAAACAAGAUGUGCUGGUGUUCAUUUUGAACAUAAGCAUCUAAUGCCAACUUUAUACCUGCACAUAAAACAAAACAACUUCAGUUCCAUGGGCACCAAAAUGAGUUUAUAAUCUCUUAAUUGUUACCAAAUCAGUUCUGUCAACCAUUCGCGUUUAAAGCAACCCUACAGUUCGAAGUGGCUGUAUCUCUUGACAUGAGCUAUUGAAUUUCUAUGAGUGUCACUUUGGAUAAUCUUGAACAGAUCGGAUUGCUUACGUUGGACGACGUUCUCCAUUUUUACACGAAGCGUAGUGUACAGGCGUGCUUUAGACAUUACGAAGACGGCAACGUGGCAUAAAAGUUUUGCACUUUCUAAAAUUGAUAAACACUUGCCAGACGGUUGUUUAUGAGGUUUUUUUUCCUUUAUUAACAACUGUUAAUAGAGUAUCAGGACAACAUACCAGGCUUCUAAUAGACUCAUUGCGUAUUUGGCUAGAGUGAUUUCUCUUAGUUUUUGCAACCGUCAAAUUCACACUUGAGUUCAAUUAUUGGCACUUACUUCACUCAAAGAAAGAGACAAACGAGUGAGCCUCUACACAGAUCUUUAAGUAUCCAUAAUUUUUUAUUGGCCAUUUUUUCUUGAUCAAGAACAGGAAUGGGGACCGGAAAAUUAUCAGGGUGUUGUUAAAAAAGGCUACGGGAAGUCUAGGAUAACGGGUAUCCCAUCAAAGAAAAAGAGUAUUUUUUAAGUCGCUUCAUAUCACAGAAACCAGAUAUUACGUUCGGCAGUUAUGGCACCCUUGGCCUGUAGGGAUUAACCUUGCUUUAAUAUGAGUAAUUGUUUAUGUUCGCAGUGACUAUUUAAAGAUCCUGGACGGAAAUGGCUCUGUAGUUCUACAUCAAUAUGGGUACUCUGGUAUUCAGGAGAACAUUCACUUAGAAGUUGACUUUGGAAACGCUGAGAACAUCACCAUCCAAACCUCCCUUUGGAGUUCAUACAGUCACUUUCAGCUUAGUUACGGGACUUUGAAAAGAGGCCUCCAGUCAGGUUGGUAUUUGGAAUAUCGAUCUUCCACAGGGUCGAUUACGUCAUAAUUGCUUUCUAUAUUAAUUGUAAUUGGUUACCCCUCAGUAUCACCCGAAACAGGAGGAAGUCUCUUUUCUGUUAAAGUAAGCCUCAUUUUGAAAUCUUGUUAAACUACAGAAUUCAUUACAUGUUAAAUACCAGAAGCUUUGUUUUACCGAGUUGAAUACGUUCACUUAGGUCUUCUCAAUUCAGAAACUCGUGUCACUGGAAGGUGACACUUCUAAAUAAAUGACAAAAUGGCAAUCUGAAUAAACAUGAACUGAAGUUAUAACCUUCCUGUUAAAGGAGAAGGUUCCAUUAUAACCAGAUUGGUUUAUAAUGACGUUCUGUUACUGAGAGUGAAUCCAUACUUGUGAGAAUAUUUUUUUUUUAGUCUGAUGAUCACAUUCAACAUCCAAAUGAAACCUUUUUCCUUUCCGAAGAAGUUAUCACAGUCCACUCAAAACUUUGCCUUAUGCAUGCCUUGUUAACCAUUGACUUAUCAACUUCCAGCUUUGUCGACUGCAAAUUGGAACGUUACAGUCGAAAAUGUCACUUCUACAAGUGUCAGCGUCUUCUGGAUGAACCUGGAAUUAUUGAUUGGUGAACAAGUUUUGCAUUACAUCACUUUAAUAAGAAAUGCUAAUGGUAGCAGUGUCUUAAAUGCUGUGAUCACGAGUGGAAACACCACUUCCGGGAAUAUUUCCGGGUUAUCAGCAUACACGGAGCAUCAAAUAACCGUUGUUGGCGUUGGAAGCGACGGGCAAGCGCACAACAGUUCAAACUCAACAUUUUGGACAGAAGAAGGAGGUAAUAUUCACUUAACUUGCAACUCCGUAAAUUUAUCGUUUCAUUUUCCAUUUUCCAGUAUCCAGUUCCAGUUUCCAGUUUGCGUUGUCUAGUUUUCAGUUUUUAGCUUUCAGUUUCCAGCUCGUUGCGGUAACGAGAGCAACCCCGAUUCAUAUUUCGAAUAACUCACAACUGAAAAAGUUGCAUUCAAUUAUAUUUUAAGGACAUUUCUAACCCGUUGAUAUAAAUAUUGUAUCAUUAGACAUUUCGGAUGCUGCACUACCGAAUGUACAACAUAUGUUACAAUUAUUCGUUCCAUUGGACUCUUCAUAGCCGAUUGGCAAGUGACAUUUUUCUCUUUCUGCACCAUGGAAAUAACAUGAAUUAAUUUUCCUUUUUCAGUUCCUAGCGGAGCCCCAUCCAAUGUUCGACUCUCGAACCUACAGCAAAAUGAGAUACAAGUACAUUGGGAUCCACUUGCACAGCAUUAUGUAAAUGGACGACUACAGGGAUAUAGAGUGCGUGUUUAUGAGUAUGGAUAUUACUAUUAUGGAUUGCUUGUACAAACUUUGGAGACCGUUGGCCCCAAUGUUCACAUGAUGAAAGUAGGAGGUCUGAAAAAUGCACAGCAGUACAGAAUAAGCGUGACAGCUUUUACUUCGAAGGGCGAGGGUCCACAAUCUUACUGGCAAUACAUUACAACAGGUAUUUUCUAAAAUAGCUAUCUCAAUAUACACAAAAUGUGGUCAUGGGGAAUUUCAUAGAUUCUCUUUCAUAUAGACAUUGCAGUUAAAAGAAGCUGCCGAAGAUAUUGAAGAUUUUAUUCAAAAAUCGAUAGCCCACAUACAUUUCUGAUUUCAACUGUUAUUACAAUAUGAGUUUUCAAACCUAUCGUCACCAAAACAAACGUCGUGUUUAUUGAUGAUGGUGAUAGUUAUACUUGAAAAAUCUUUGAUCGAAGUACUGUUAAAUACUUCGGCGAAUUAACUUGUUUGCAUCAGCGUUAGGUGGCUUACUUAUUACUUUUUGCAGAAAAAUGCUUUUCUAGAUUGAACGCAGCCUAGACACCAGGUAGAACAUAAGACAAAGAAAUAAAUUGUAGUUAUACAAAGAUAAUUUUACCAAAAGGACGUAAAGACAGCAGAGUGGCAAUAAUUCUUAAUAAAGAAACCACAACUUUUAAAGUUGUUUAAUAAGAACUCUGGUUGACAGAGUAUAUAAGAUCAAUAAUUCCUGGGUUGGUUUCCACAAGGAUGUACAAAAACUUAUUUUCUUGCUACGGAAAAAUUGUUUCCCUUCCAGCGUCAUAGACAGGAUUAUCUCAAGACAUCUGGCCAAGAGCUAUAAUCCUUCUCCCACGCAUAACGCCACAUUAAACUCCGGAAACCCUUCUUCGCAUUAUUUUAAACUUCCUUAUGUUGGGCGGUUUUCUGACAUCGCUCAAACCAAGUUAAGGCAUCUACUGAAACGUUAUUGUAGACCUGAUUUAGAUAUUAAGUUAGUCUUCAAUACGUUUAAGCUCAGAAACUUGUUCAGUGUGAAAGAUUCAGUACCACCAGGUCUACGUUCGCGUGUCGUUUAUAAAUUUUCAUGUGCUGGCUGUAAUGCCAGUUAUAUUGGUGAGACCACUCGCCACAUCUGUACACACGGGUUCGUGAGCACCUCUUGUCUGACAAAACUUCACACAUUUACAAGCACCUACAAUCAUCAAAGGCCUGUCUCGACUCUUGUGGUACAGAAUGUUUCACCAUUUUAGAUUCUGCCGCUUCGAAAUACAAAAUUAAGAUCAAAGAGGCAUUGCAUAUUAAGUGGGACAAACCCAUCCUUAAUCAGCAAUUGAAGCAUCUAGAGUUGUCUCUUUCCUUUUGAUUCUGUCAUCAUAAUAAUUUUUCUUAUUAUGAUCAUUAUUUUUCUUUCUCCUUCUUUCCCCAUCUGGCGCGUGCUAUGUCACGUUUUUUCGUAUUUAAUAUUCAAAUUGUAACGUAAACAAUAUGACGUAAUUUGUAACGUAAUCUCAUAUAAAUUCAAAUGUACCACCGUUAAAAUCGCAUUUACAACUGAAGAUGACAUAAGAAUGUCGAAACAUGUCUUGCAAACUAAAAGUUGUGGUUUCUUUAUUAAGAACAAAGAUAAUUCUUUUCAUUCCCGGAGAUGUUUUUUUAUGCGUUGCCGUCUUCUCUUCCCCAGGAUGCGGAGGAAGCGUAAAUCGGUCAUUCGGUGUGAUACAAGUUGGACGAAGGGGUUACUAUUCAAGUUCUCUAAGAUGUAACUGGGCGAUUGGAGACUCAGGAAUCAACCAAGCCACCCUGAUUAUAUCUUUUGAAGAUCUGUAUAUUUCAAGCUACUUGUAAGUGAUGCAGAUUAUUAGCCCUGAGACACUACCAUGCUGAGCAACCUCUUACCCGUUUAUACUCUAUAGUUGAUUAGAUAAAUGUAGAAAAAUACUUGUAAAUCUUCCUCGAAAAAAGGAAAAUCGUUGGAAAUUUCCAAAUUAAGAUCUGAUGAUUAACCAAAAAAUUUUAAAUUUUAACCAUUUAAAAAAGGUUAGUUUCUUUCCACCCGAGUUACCUUUCCUACGAAAUACUUUACAGACCCUGUAAGAUACGGCGAUAGGGGAGGUGGUUCAUGUCAUUUUUGUUGUUGUUAUUGCGUGAGACAAAUGAACCUGUUAAGGGACUAGUUCACUAUGGGGCUACUUUCGCUCGCUAGCAGAACAUCAAAGCAUUAUCACGAUCAGACAAAAACAUAUAUAUUUUUUUAGUUUCAACCAAGUUUGACAACCUUUUAAAUCGAAAUUUCAGCCUCACGUUUACGUAGCUCGUGGAUUUAGGGAAUAUUCCUUGAGCUUCUUCCCUUUUUUUAAACGGGUUUAAGUACUGGCCGACCCACGUACCCUAAUCUCAUCAGUGUCAUGUGUCUAUGAAAAACGUUUUUCUUUACUUUGACAGUGAGUAUGUAAAGAUCAUUGAUGGAAAUGGGCUAACAGUAUUUUAUCACAAUGGAUAUUCGUCUUCUCCUUUGAAAACGUUCUUGCUCGUUAAUUAUGGGAGUGGAAAUAAUGUCAAGGUGCAGAUCUACUUUUACAAUUACUGGAGUCAGUUCAAGCUUAAAUACGGAAUCGUAAAUCAGGACCUUCAGUCAGGUGUGUUGUUAUUUCUGCACUAGAUACCUUGAACGACGAGAAUUUCCAGCUCGAAUCACUUCAUUUUUUAUUUGCAUUUACUUGUUUACCUUUAGGGUGUAAUACAUUAAUUCCAAGUGACUUCUUAUGUAAUUGUUAUUUCCGAUUCCGAUGAAUUUCACCUAUUUCCAGUAUAAACGUGUGCUCAGAACAAUACUCCACAAUAACUAAAAUGGAUUUCUUUGAUUUCUUAGCUGUAUUUGUCUCCAACUGGAAUGUAACCAUUGGAAACACCACAGAGAAAAGCAUCGGGAUCCAGUGGGAAAAUUUGAACGAAGUGCUAAAUCAGCAAAUUCUUCACCUCUUCGGGCUUCUGCAGACCUCCAAUGGAACCGUUUUGAACGCCAAGAUCAUGUCUGGAAAUAUGACUUCGGUUGUAUUCGAUGGACUUUCAUCUUAUAAACAAUAUUCUGUGGCUAUUAUUGGCGUUGACAAUAACGGAGAAGCCUAUAAGAGUGCUAAUAUCACAGCCUGGACGGACGAAGGAGGUAAAUGUUGAAUACAAAGGCCAAUUAGUGUCACAAAGUUUCUCUCAAAAAAUAUUAUUGACACUAUUAAAAUGGCUGUGUGAUGGUUAUCUCAUCUCUCAUGUUCAGUUUCGCUAGUUGUGUACAUGCACAGCUCUUCUGGUGCGUAAUCACAGAAACUUGACCAAUAGAGGAAUUUUUAGUGCCUUCAAGAUAAUCAAGACUUUUCCACGGUUACACCAUAGAAUUACCUUACCCUUUCUUUGAUUUCAAUUGUUUUUAUAUUUUAGCCGUGGAGGGAGUUUUUUCAGUAACUCAACUUGUAAAUUUCAUCUAUAGGGAAACAUUUCGAAAUCUUCGCUUUUCUUCAUUUUUCAUUUUUUCAUCUUCUAAAAGUCGUAUCAUCCCCCUCCAGUACAUGUUUCCUGAUGCUUCGGAUGCCAGUUUCUCCGUCUGAUAGUUCAAGGAGCAAAAAUUGGCUAAAUAAAUAAAUAAAUAAUAAAUAAAUAACCCUUUUUAUCCCCUUUGUUUUUUCAGUUCCCAGCAGAGCACCACUAAACAUCACCUUCGCAAAUGUUGAGUCUACUAAGCUAACUGUCCACUGGGACCCUCUUUCACAGAAAUAUGUCAAUGGAAGAUUACUAGGGUACAGAGUUUACUUCCAGGUGUUCACUUAUUAUUAUUCUCCGCUCAAGAAUAACAGCGUAACCGUCAACGCUACUAAAAUAACUUUGACAGGAUUAAAUCCAGGCCAAUGGUAUGAUGUUUCUGUGGCCGCCUUCACUUCCAAAGGUGAAGGACCAAUUUCCUACCGCCACUACGUCACGACAGGUAGGUCCAUAAACGAAUAUCACUUUGCGAACAUGUAUCAAUAACAGAAUUGUUCUAGAAACAUUUAUCAAAACUGGACUGGGGCUUUCGCCAUUUUCCGAUCCCUACAACUUCGUGAUUUAGAUGAAAUCAACAAUUCACUCCGGUAGUCGUUGUAUCAAUGCUUAGGACGUAGCCCUAGGAAAAUCAAAGCGCGCGAGUUGCUGUGAUAAUCUGAACAUUUAUUAGCAAUUGGUUCAUACGCAACUCUUACGUAUCUUUCGUGCUCUCCAAACUUCCCGUGUGCUCUAUAUCUCGAUGAACCAAUUGUUUUAUAACACUUUCAACCCGAUGGAAAUUUUUUUUCUCAAGGGAUUUGUUUGCUGACGUCAUGCCCGUGCACAAUAGGAAUAUGAAGCACGCUCGCGCAGUUAAAAUUUGAUUAGACAAAUUUGCUAGCUAUGUUAUAAAGCAAUUUAUUAAGUAAGACUCGUUUCUAAAAGUCACAGAAGCGAUAAAUGAUAGUCUAUCAAAAAUAAUGUUUCAUUUUUUUUUUCUUAGCUUGCGAGAUCACUUUGAACCAAUCCGCUGGACUGAUAGAUGUGAUACAUACAGAUUAUAAGAAUCUAUACUGCAACUGGACAAUCGGCAAUUUUGGAAUAACGAACGCGGCUGCCCUUUUUCUAUUCGACCAACUUGCCUUUGUUUCUUGCAGGUAAUUAAUAUAAGUUUCAAUAAUAUCAUCACUUUAUGGCGAACCUUUUUACAAAUAAGAACGUGUACUCGUAAGACAAGUAUCAUACAUCCUAUAAAAAAAUGAAAACAGUUAUAAAUCCACUUUUGAAAGCUGCUAAGAGUUUUUUUUAAGUCCUUAUAGCUUAUAAACAGAAGCCCCUAAUUAGGAAAUUACGAAGGGCAUUUAUAGGUGUGGUAUAGCGCUCCUGUUGUGUGCCAGUUUCAGAUAUAGCACUAUUGUACAGUUACCACCAUUGUGUUAAUAACGAAGCUAUUUACAGCAUGCUGAAAAGGAUCGAAGAUUGAUGCCGUGUAAUUUGUUUGUUCUCAUUAUGUGAACUAAGUAUCUUAACAUAGAUCUCCGGAAAAAAAAAACAACAACAUGAGGUGGACGGAGUCUUUCUCGGUUUUCACAGGAUCAUGAAAUAUCUAGAGUAAAAACAUAGAGAGAUAUCCAUCAUUCAUAUACCAACGGAAGUUUUUUUCGAAACGUAUUCUUGAGCUAUAGGUAUAUCUAUUGUUCGAUAUAUCUGAUAACUACUGCUGUCACAAUAGAAAUUUGUUACUUUUCCGAGAGAAACGAGCAUCGUGCUCUUUCUUUUUCCGUUAUAGUACAGGAAGGGCAUUUUAACUUUUGUGUUUUUUGCCAUUUAUUUCAGCGAGCAUGUGAAGAUUUUCAACGGCAAUGGAACCCUCGAAUAUCACAAACAGGGUUGCUGUCCUAACAAUCCAGGAUCCUAUGUUGAAAUUCCUUUUAUGCGAUCCAAUAACAUUGCAGUCAAUAUUUUAUUGACUCAAAUACAAAGUCGGAUAACAUCUCACUUUGUGAUACUAAAACAUGGCCUACAUUCAGGUACGAAAAAAUGUUACUUGUCAUUGUGCUUUGAAUUUGCACAAUCUCCUUACUUUUUACAUCCUUUAUUAACAUCUCGUUAUUUGAUUCGAUUGCUGGCUCUAAAGGUUUGUUUUUCCGCCUCUGGUGUCCAUUUCAUCGCUUGGUGUUACAUUUUAUGUACGAAAUUCUUCAGUUAUGCCUGAGAAGGAGUAACCACCUCUUUAAUUUUUACUCACCUUUUUACUCACCUCUGUAAUUUUUAGCUACUUAUACUCCUGGCUGGCUAGCGUCGGUAGACAAUAUCACAAGCUCAAGUCUUUUAAUUCAGUGGAGUAACCUAACCAGCUUUAUCAAUCGAGGGAUACUUCACUACAUCGUCCUUCUCUCAUCCUCCGAUAAAGGCGCACCACACCAUGCUAUUGUAGAUGGAAGUAGACUUGAUUUAGAAAUUAACGGACUGGACCAUUCACAAAGCUAUCAAAUGGAAGUGUUUGGAGUGGACGCACUUGGCUAUUGUUACAAGACUCUGGAAGUGAAUGCUACUACGAAAAAUGGUAGGGUAAUACCGUACGAGCUCAGGUUUUUUCUACGUUACGCGUAUGGGUGGCCAUAGGAAGUUGUGCGGCCAAGUGUGCCAAUAAGAUGUAAACUAAAAUUGUCCGUAGAGCUUGCGGGAAGAGACUUUUAGCUGUGCACGAAUUGACUUGUUGACACUCUAUCGUGAAUCUACUCACAAACUGCCCUUGGGUAGCAGCAACUAUCUUAUUAAUUUGUGUGAAUUUAAUUCCCUAGCUCAGGUUACACGAAGAUGGGAUGACGCUAUGCACUGGAUAAAUCGCCUUCCGGUGGACAGCAAAGAAUGUUUUGUAACAUUAAUCCGCUGGAUGGUGAUUUAUGCGUUGGAUAGCGUUAUCCGUCCUUUGAACAACUAGGCCCUGAUGGUGAUUUCCUUAUCGAGACCUACGCUGUGUCACGCUACGCCGAGAGCUAUGGAUAAACAUCGCUUAAAGAUUCGGCGAUAAGAUGGGACACUAGGGGAUAAUUUUGCUCUAUUCGAAAAAUUAAUCAAAAUCAAAAUAGUAAUUUUAGACUUUAAUACGAAGUACAGAUGCUUAUAAAUUUAUCAGGAUGGCGAAGAAAUCUCGGUCCACGCCGCAAGGACUCAAGCCAGAAGCGAUCGCGUGGUCAGAUACUCUAUCAAAUGAGUGACAGAGAAGGCCAUGGAAGGAUUAAUCUAACUUGUAAUAUAAUAAUUAGUAAUAUAUAGAGCCGGAAAAUGAUAAAAAUAUUCAAACAGGUUCAUUCUGUGACUUUUUGCUGAAUUGUUGCUCGGUUCUUUUUCAGUGUCAUGCGGAUAUCGACCAAGUGGCAUGCGUAUUGUUGGUGGGUCAGUCGCCCCAAUCAAUAGCUGGCCCUGGCAGGCGAUGCUGCGGGACAGUUAUGGUUCGCAGUUUUGCGGUGGUAGUUUGAUACAUCCGUUAUGGGUUGUCACAGCCACUCACUGCGUAGAAGGAAAAUCCGCGUCGUCGGUGAAAGUCGUGUAAGGAGAAAAUUUGCUCCACGCUUACCCGUCUUUUAAACAUGAAGCAAUUGGCAAUCGAUAGUCCUAAUAGUUUAGCAAAAAGGGAAGUUUUGAAAAUGCACACAAUCCUGCACGCUGGGAAUUAAUUGAAAAGCUGGAAAUUUCACCCUUGAAAAACAGAGACUCAUAAAGGGAACCUCCGUCAAUUUUUCAGACAGGAUUUACUUUUCAACAGUGCAAUCAAACCUUGAUGUGCAGCAAGGUGACUUAAAACCGUCUCCCAUAAACGGUUAACUGACACUCAAAAUGUUUUUCAAAGAUUUCUAUCGCAUACUUAACUCUGCAGUCUUUUCUUAUUGUACAAUUGAUAAGAUACAUUGUGCUUUGAUUGAUUUCAGGUUGGGGGCACAUUACAAAACUUAUGGUAAUGUCAGCACAGAGCAAAGUUUUGAUGUUAUAAAAAUAAUUGAACAUGAAAGAUACAAUAGUCCAAAUAGCUGGAGCAACGACAUAGCUCUACUACAGUUAUCAAAACCGGCUAAGCUUGGAAAAGGAGUUGGGCUUGUUUGCCUUCCGGAUACAAGUUUUCAGCUUCCUUUCGAUAAUCCUAACAAAAAGUGCUGGAUAACUGGCUGGGGUAGACUUUCGUACUAUGAAAUCUCUCCCAACGAGUUGAUGCAAGUUGAUAUACCUCUGGUAUCAAAACAGCGCUGUCUUGCGUCAUACCCAGGUAAAAUCGAUGACUCCAUGAUAUGCGUUGGCCAAGAUCAAGGUGGAAUAGGAGGUUGUAAUGGCGACAGCGGUGGACCACUUGUGUGUGAGUUCAGUGGAAAAUGGUAUCUGGAGGGAGCUACUAGUUGGGGGAGCAAACGCUGCGCAGACCCAUUGAAAUACACUGUAUAUGCCAACAUUCGCCAUUUAAAGUCGUGGAUAACAAGCAAGAUGUCCUCUUUCCCUAUUCCUGCUUUAACGGCGUCCAACCUAUCAUGCAAUUUUGACAAUAGUCUGUGUUCGGGUUGGGAGCAGUCUUACUCAGAUGAUUUCGACUGGACGCGACGUUGGGGUUCAACUCCAUCUUCGUCCACAGGACCAUCCUACGACCACACUAGUAGAUCAGGUGUGUACUUUCUAUCAUACGAAUCAAUGGCCUGCACUGUCCAAGCUUAUCCUGACCCAGAAACUUUAGCGUUAAGAGACUAUUCAUUUACGUAAUUCACAUUCACAAGAUAUUGGUCAAGAUUAUCCAGCCGUCUACCAUUGCUAUGUAGAUAAACUAUUUUGAAAUAUAUCUUAACCUUUAAAGAUGAAUUUGUUUAAUCGACUGAGAUGAUAACGCAAGUUGACCAACAUAGUUGACGUUUGAAGCGUUAGUCUUUGGUCAGCUCUACUUCCUUACUUACUUAGUACUCACUCACUUACACUAAGUCAUCUUUCCAUCACAUUCGCCAUUCGAUAUAAACAAACUUCCGCGUUAAUGUUACCGAUAAAUUUUGCAGUGCCUUAGAUAGAGACAUCAAUGUAAUUUUUUCAUUCGGUUCUGUUUUAUAUAUAUACGCAAACAUUUCGUUACUAUUCAGGAUAUUACAUGUACAUCGAGGCAUCGUCCCCUCGAGUUAUUGGUGAUAAAGCAAAGCUUGAGCUCUCCAUAUGCGGAAAUGGAGAUGAGGCUUGUCUUACAUUCUACUAUCACAUGUACGGACCCACCAUGGGGACCCUGAAUGUCUUCAGUGGAAAAAAGGUUGUAUUCAGUGCCUCUGGAAACAAAGGCAACUACUGGCAGAAGGCCGAAAGAACUAUUUAUUUGGACAAAGUUGUAAGUCACUAAUGCAAUAUCAUUGGUUUCUUUUUUUUUUUUCAACACCCUCAUAAUCCCAGGUGUAAAUAACUUUUAUCUGAAGUGAUUGCUCAUCACAACGCAAUGUAAGCAGGGUGGUUUGCGUGAAAAUAUAAGUUCUUUGAUUACAGCAUGAAUAAUUCCAUAAGGUAAAUGAUCAUUGACAAAAUGGGGUAAGAGUUUAUUUUCCAGUUAUACAGCUCUACAGUCGGUCUAUUAUAAAACGUCCUUUACUCAAAUUUUAUCCUAGGUCACGUUUGAGGGGAUAGUAGGAUCAUCUGAUGAGGGAGACAUUGCCAUUGAUGACGUUUCGAUUAAGAGAGGGCGCUGUCUUGGGCAGACAGCGUAUCCAACAUUACUUCCAACAGUUGUUACAUCACCAGGUGCAUAGCAUGAACAUUUUGAUAGACGCUACGCGUGUUUCUCUCUUUUACUAUCACAAUCUUGAAAACUGCAGUGCUAAAUCACUCAAAAUCAAUUCUCACGGGUUAUGCAUGUCAACAAACACAAAGUUUUCAUAACGAGCUCACUCUCAAUAGCCUCUCCGGCUAAAACUCUUUUCUGCCCUUUUUACACACUUCACUUUCCAAAUUUUCUUAUUAAUAUUAAUACCACACUCAAAAAAUGAGACUUAAUUUAUCUCAGUUUAAAUUAAAAGGUUCGCUUCCGAGCUCGGAGAAACCACCCACGAGAACAUCGGAGACAUUUCUUGACUUGUAAGGAGCCCAGUGAUCAACUUUGUUGAAUAGUUAUAUGCAAGAAAAUCAAGAUUAGUCUUAUCUUAUCUUAUUGACUAUUCGAAUACAUCGGACAGACCAAACGCCAGUUUGGUACACGGUUAAAAGAGCACCAAAAAGCGGUUUUUCUUUGCAAAAAGGAAAAUUCAGCUUUAUCGGAGCAUACUUGCCUAACCAACCAUACAAUUGGGUGGGAUAAUUCUAAAAUUAUCACCACUAAUCGGCGUUACCACCAGCGCCUUUGUUUGGAGGCUUGGCACAUUAACUCCGCCCACGCUCCUUUAAAUCGUGACGAUGGCGGUCUACUUCCUGACGCCUAUUUACACCUCGUCAGAAAAAAGGCCGCUAAUUAGUGAUCAUAUAAAAGGACCUCUUGUUCUAUCUUUGUCUAUGAAUUGUAACUUCUUCGGUUACAUUCAUUAAAUCUGCAAACCAGUGUAGCAUCAAACUAUGUCUGAAUGAUUGAUACUCUUUGAGUAGUUAUAAUUACUCAAGGAGUUCAUAUGUCCAAAAAAUCAUCAUUAAAAUAUCUUACAAUAAAUCAUAUCUAAUGCAUUAACGCAUUAUCUCAAUCUAACGUGCAGUGAUGUCAAAAAGCUAUCAACAUCUAAUUUUCUUCGGGAACGCAAUUCCUUUCUUCUCUUUGUCCUUUUUUAUGCAGUCCACACAGUAUGUUCUGACGACCCUGGGCUCUCCAUUUGUUCCCAACUUCCUACCUAUGGGAAUUUUUGUACAGAAAAUUUCAACUGGACUGUCAAGCACUGCCCUAAAUCAUGCGGAUUUUGUGAAGGUAGGGUUGUGGAGACUGUGCUUCCUUUUCCGGAGUUUAUUUUUAUUAAUAUAUAUUUUUUUUAGAUUAUUUUCUGUAUGCACCGAUGGAUCAAUAUCACCAACGCAUACCCUUUCAAAAAACAAAAAAAUGCAUUAAAUCUUAUUUUUAAAAUGUUACUGUGCUCAUCAAGGGGAUAUCUUGAAACGUGUCACUAAGGACACGUUUUUUAAACAAGUGAAAAGCACUAUUAGUUUUUCCGUUCGAUAUAAAUGACUCAAAAAUAUGCUCAAGAACUACCUCUCAUCAGGGGAUUAUAAACUGGUUAGUUUAUAAUCUCUUGCUCUGAUAUAAUUAGAUUUGGACAUUACUGUAAUUUUAACUUUAAGGAACGAUCAUAACCCCCGCAAAAAACAUUUAAGAAACGUUUAUGUAGAAAAAAUAUUUGGUUAGGUAUUAACUUGUAGAACCAGAAUAUCGUAACUUACGUGUGAUUUUAUUUUUAAAUUGUUAGCAAGUACUAAUCUUGAACCUAAGUAAGAGGUAGAGCAUGCUAUUCUACAAAUUCACAACGUAUAUUUAAUUUUAAGCACAAUGUUUUGUCUUAUCUUUCCACGAUUCUAGUUGAUUCUCCAACAACCGAGAGGAUUUUUACGUCGAGCCACGUACUGACUUUCAAUCCGACAGCUAUUCCUCGCACUCCAUCAGCAAAGGAAAUGCAGGAAGCAGUAAUGUUAAAAAUGACAGAUUUUGAUAUGAAGAAGGUGAUCUUUGAUUAUUAUGUAUUUUAUUAAAGGAAGACGAUGAAAAAUGUCCUACACAUUUAUCAUACGAUAUAUUGCUAGACACAGAAACAAUUUUCACUGUAGCUUGAAAUGAAUCAACCGAUGCUACUCCCUUUUGUCGCAGUAUUCAUGAAAUUAUUCCCUUUCCUGUUUUUUAUCUGUCCAUCACAGUGGAAGGAGAUGGAAGCGGAUUUUAAACAAAAAGUUGCUAGUGCAGCUAAUAAAUAUUGUGCAGAUGGUGGAGCAUCCUGUCAAACAAGGUAAACCAAUCAUCAAUCAUAAAAAGCAAUUAGCAAACUUAAUGAAGAACCAAGCAAAUUUGAUGCAAAGGGACGAACUGUGAAAUCAGUGAUAACUAAACUCAUUAGAUGGGGUAAGCUAAUUCUGCUAUAAAGCGUGCUCUGAUUGACUAUGAGUGGAGUGAAUACGGCAUUAAGUCCUGAUAGCAGCCACGGGUUCACUAUGAGCUACGAAUGUUAGGAAGUACGAGAUAGGAGUUCUAAGGACCGCGUUUUUCUCCAGGUAAUCCGCGGGGAUGGAAACGAUGAAGGUGGAUAACACCCAGAGGAUAGAGAGCAGAAAAAAUAUUAUGUUGAUUAAAACUACCAAAGUGACGGGAAAAAAACUUAGCAAACAACCUAGAAUAUAUAUUCUAGAGGGAAGAGAAGUCACAAUUUGUUAAAGGGGUCACAAUAACAUCUCAAAGAAAUGUAACCUCCGGAUACAUAGGGAGGUAGAAGUUUUGGACUUAACAGUUCCCAAUCUUCAUUUUUUCGCAACCUUGAUUCUUGAGAAUUGGACGAAAUUUUCUUGUCACGGUGUGAUACCACCAUGCUGAAAUAAAAAUGAUGACGACAGUGACAAUAAUAAUAGUAAUAAUGAUUAUAUACUUGUAGAAGGUCACAUAUAGUGUUUGAUCCAUUUCAGCCUUCGUCGGAGACGAUCAUCUGAUAGCAUGAAAUUUUCAGCCGAUAUGGUUCAGAUUGUCCCUGGUUACCCAAUGCCGUCACCGGAUGAUCCUAGCAUAACGUUGUUGGCGUUCUACCUACAGCUUCCUGGAGGUGUCGGAGAUAACUUGGUCAGCGAAGAUGUCCUGAAAAACAUCGUGAAAAGCGAUAUGAAAUCUAUUGAAGGGUCGAUGGGUGUUAGCAUCAAAAAUGUCGAGUCAAUGCCUCUACCUCAGAAUAAAGAAGAUCAAGAAGAUGAGAUAGAUGACGAAAGAUCAGUCUCAACCUCGGUUAUAGUGGGUGUUGCCCUUGGAUCCCUGUUCUUGCUGGGGUUUAUCAUUGCUGUCACCCUGAUUAUCAAAUCUACCAGGUAG